AUGGAAAAGGAGCUUGGCGAGAUGUUGUAUAGCUUUGGCAAGAUGGUUUAUCAGCACUUUGCGUAUCUGGGUAGUUUAAGAGAGACUGAGGGGUACUUGCAAAGGCACUCUGACGCUCAAAUCAGUUCAGUAUUCAAGGAGGUUCAAGAUGGCCUUUCUCUGGCUAUUCCUCGGUGGGCAAGCCUAUGUUCAAUAGUUGAUUUAGUAGAUAUCGUGGCAAGUAGAAGUUGUCAUUCAUUCAAUGGUUCCUUUCAGGUUAAGUCACGUUUGAACUGCUAUGUAAAUUCUAUAACCAAGAAGGUGGCCUCCAUCACUGCUCAAAAGCGUACAAAUUCGACAUUGGAGAGUGGAUUUUCGUUCAAAAACGGCGUAGUAACAGGUAGUGGACAGGUUUAUCUCGGAAGAGCAUGGGGAGAAUAUUCCAGAGUUGUUUACUCUUACACCUACUUGGACACAAUAGUUCACCCCAAAGGAUGGAGUGAUUGGGGUGACAAAAAACGUGACUUGAGGGUAUAUUAUGGAGAAUACAAGUGUAGUGGGCCAGGGGCUAACUUGACUGGAAGAGUGCCCUGGGCAAGAAUGCUAACGGAUGAAGAUGCCAAGCCUUUUAUUGGGAUUCACUUCAUUGAAGGGGACACUUGGCUCAUUAGUCCCUUCGCCUAUCCAAUUUAA